AGCUGGCAACAUCGUCAUCGACCCGCAGUUUGCUACGCGCGGGGAGGGGGGCGUGCCGUCUGUCAAAUCGAAUUACGUUCUUGAGUUAUAUUUUCGCGAUCAUUUCAUUAGAAAAAAAGCUUUUUCAUGAAUUAAUUUGCGCUGUAUUAGUGUUAUUGUCUGUUCGCUAACGGUUGGCGAACAUGAAACAUAGUGCGGACUCGAAAUAUUCUGUUACAUUUGCGUCGCGAUCACGGCCCGAGGAAUUGCUAUUUUUAUUUAGCCCAGUUUUAUUGUAAAUAUUGUUUUUAUGUGUCGAAACAGUGGUGCAGUACUGUUUUUUGAACUUAUUUCUUAGUCUAUUUGACUGUGAUCAUCGACGGACCGUGAAAAGAUUACGUUCAAACGUUUUGUUACGAAAAUACUUUCGAAAUUCAGUGUUUGAGCAACGUCUGGUGCCAAUGUUAGUACAAAAACGGAUUUGUGUUCUUAAAAUGUAGUGCCAAAGUGUUCUAAUGCAACCUUUUACAGUGUUACGUGCGUAAUUAUCGCUAAAAGUUACUAAAGACGCUUAUAGUGUACAACAUUUCAAUUUGGAUUGUUCUAAAUGAGGUUGUGUAUGUUUUUGACUGUUGCAAAAGUGAAGUGAAUCUAACUAAAUGGCAUUUUAUCGCGGUAAAUUGCUUUAUAUUAGUGCGAAUCGAAGAUGAGGCGGGUUUUCGGCGUAUGCACUGAUAGCUGGAUGCUCUGUGGUCAGAAUGUGAGCGGAUAAUCAUUCCAGGCUCUCCUAGAUGUUGUCUGGCUCCCCCCACGGCUCGGUGAUGUCGUGCCAGUCGCUCGCCGCUCGCGCGUUCGCCGAGCCCGACAAGGAUAUGACACAAUGCAGCAGUUUUCACAGAUCAGUACGGUUCAGCUCGGACUCCCGGAGCUCCACCAGAGCCUCCAAUGAUGCGGAAAACAAGAGGGAGACACCUGGCUCCAUAUCUCUUACGGCGUUAUCGGUGACGCCUGUAACGUCACAGGGGUCAGCCAUGAGCCAGUCAGCGCCCUCAGCGUCAGCCACUUACGAUGCUGAUGAUGAUUCGCCGGUUCCCCCCGUACCUUCGUGCCGUUUCCCCAAGCUUGAAGAAUGCGCCCAUUUCCACUACGAGCGGGUGUCUCUCGGUGGACUCAGCAUUGAGACUGUCCGCUGUGAGGAUAAGUGCCAAGACUCUAUGGAAGAUGGUGAAGGUUGGAUAUGCCUCAAAGUGCGGUCCCACGUGAGUUCAACGGAAGAGGCUUCAGAGUCCAAAGCCCUGAGCUCGUCGUGGACUGAAGCCAGCGAUGUACGGGAGUGGACGCUCACGAGGAACAGGGAUAACUUGCUGCAGUUGGAUGAUAUGUUGCAUAGAUGCAUAUACGACCGCAAAGUCUCCGGUCUACCGAACCUUCGAGAGAAGAUCUCCCCAGCCCUCUCCCGGUCUGAGUCAGAAUACCAGCGUCUGAUAUCAGACUACGUGCAUCACCUGUCCAUCAUAGCGGACGACUCUAUCAACUGCGGGCCCGUGCUUAACUGGCUGCAGAUGGACAAUAAGGGCCACAAGCUGUUGGUAGCGAAUGAAGAUUCUUCUUCAAUCAACACGCCAGCCGUCGCCGCUGCUUACUCCGUCAGGAAAUACGUGUCACAGGCGCGAGACGAAAUAAGUUUCGAAGUGGGCGACAUGAUAUCUAUCAUCGAUAUGCCUGCUCUACCAGGUCCAGCGGAAUCCCUGUGGUGGCGCGGCAAGCGAGGCUUCCGCGUCGGCUUCUUCCCGCACCACUGCGUCGCCGUCAUCGGGGACAAGGUGCCGCGCCAUAUGACGCAGCCACCGCCUAUUGUCGGUUCAGUAGCAGUAGCCCCAAUAAAGCCGGUGCUUCGUAAGCACGGGAAGCUGAUCUCUCUGUUCCGUAGCUUCAUACUGUCUCGACCCUCGCGCCGAAGCCUGAAGCAGCAAGGCAUAUUGAGGGAGAGGGUCUUCGGAUGCGAUUUGGGAGAACAUCUGUUGAAUUGUGGACAUGAUGUCCCCGCGGUGCUAGUAUCAUGCGCGGCCUGCAUAGAGGCCCGGGGCCCAGUAGACGGGGUAUACCGGCUAUCGGGCGGCGCGGGCCUCACACAGCGACUCCGGGCCGCCUUCGACGCCGGCCAGGCACCCGACUUGUGCGCCCCGGCCGCCGCCAGGGACCCACAUGCAGUGCCGUCAUUGUUGAAGAUGUACUUCCGCGAGCUACCAAAUCCUCUAUGCACGUACCAGCUAUACGAGAGCUUCGUGAGCGCAGUCCAAACUGGAGACGAGGCCGCCAGGCUUAAGGCCGUCAGAGAUACCGUCGUGAAAUUGCCUCCGCCGCACUAUAGAACACUAGCCUACCUAAUGCGUCAUCUACGUCGAGUAUCACUCCUGGGCUCGCAGACGGGCAUGACGGCGCGGAACAUGGCCAUCGUAUGGGCGCCCAACCUGCUGCGAGCACCGCGUCCGCAGCACGCACUGCAAGGAGUCGCUGUACAGGCGGUGGUGACAGAGUUUCUGAUCUGCUACGCGGAGGAGUUGUUCGCUCAGGAACAGGGCGAAGACUCGGGACCUGAAUCUCUUGAACAGGAACGUUGUGAAUCUCAGGUGGAGCUUCGCGGCACGGAGUCGUGUCGGAGACCUAAGAGUUUGCCCAUCAAUCCGCCUACUAAGUUAUUGAGCCUCGAAGAAGCCCGUCGUCGCGGUCAGGCGGGCGGAGCCCCGGCGCUGUCGCCGCGCUUACCACCCGCCUCCGGCGCCAUCGCCGCCGCCGCCGCCGCCAACACACAGCUCCGGCCCUCCUCGCACCUCCGCCCCAAAUAUAUCGAGGUCGGAUCAGGACCCAACAAUUUACCACAGUACCACACAGUACUAGAGUUACCUGCACCUGGCAAGCGUGGUCUAAAGCGGUCUCCGAGUGGUUGGCGCGGGCUGUUCACGCGCAGUAAACAGCAGCGAGCUCGCAGUCGCCGCGACACCGCGCCCACACUGCCACCGUCACCCACACCGCCACCCGACGUACCAAUGUGCCAGUCGGGCCUAGGGCUUCGCCCCGUCAAGUCGUGCGAGUCUCUCACUUCGGACACGGACACACUGGCGCCGCUAGCCGACAGGGCUGCUGUCGCUUUGAAACAUCAUACCAGAAGCCGCUCAUCGUCCGAUGUGUGGCAACACAGCGCGAUGUUGCCGGCAACUGUUGCGCAACAGUCGCCCAAUGUGGACUUAAGGUCAUCAUCAUGCGACUCGUACUUCGAGCCGUGGCAAGCCGAAUUAGCAGACAUGAGACUGCGGCUAUCACCACAGGAGAGAGAUCACCACAUGUUCAGCGAAGAGGAUGAUACGCAGCUGCAGAUGAACCACGCCCAGGGUGAUUCCCUCUGCUCAACACCACCAGAGUCGGGGCUUUGCAGCGCGGAGCCCAGUCCGAGACGUAACUUACGCGUCGACAUACACCAAGCUAACGAAUUGGCUGAACGUCGUCGCCUAGCCCUAGAAGAGCAACUGUCGUCGAUCGGCUACAUAGACGGCGAGUCUCCUCGGUCCCGGCCUCCGCCCGAGAAGCGCCACUCCGCCCGCCCCGCCUCGCCGCCCAACUCCGAUAUUGCUAAGAGACUAUGCAAAGACAGAGAUAGUCCACUAGCGUCGCUCACAGACUUCCCGACCUCUCUAGGCAACGUGAAACUCAGAGAGCGAAACUCGCCCAGAAAAUCCAAAGCUCGAUACAGUGGUAUGCACUUAGACAAUGACAAACAAACAAACAGGCUCAGUUGGCACGGCAAAGAUGGCCACUCCACCCUUAUUAAAAUAGACUGGCCUGCAGAAAACUCUGUUUCCACAUUAACUACAAGCACUAUCAAUUCUAGCCCUCUAACACCAGUCACACCUAUAUAUGACCCUCUUGAAAGCGAUUCAGAAAUCAGCGAAUCGAACAAACAUACUAUACAAAUCAAAAGCGAAAUUUGUAACAACUGUGAUCAAGAAAAAUGCUUAAAAUGUGAACUCAAAGCCACUGAUUACGAAAAUCUUAAAGAUUUCUCUGAAGGCUUACAUGACAGUCUAGAACAUAGCCCGUUACACUCAACCGAUAUUAGCUAUCAGAAUCUUAAUAGAUUGUCUGCAGUUUCGAAUUCAUCCAACUCCGAUCACACGGAUAAGAAAAAAGAUGAGAAUGACGCAAUGAAGGUCAUGACGUCAUCACACGAAAGCUCGUCAAGUUAUUCCAACGUCAGUUUAACUAAAGCAGACGAGUUGUAUGAAUGUUACAACUAUACACGACCGAAUUAUAUUAAUUUACAGUCGUCUAGUACUAGCAAAAGUUCGCCAGGGAGUCCCUUAAAAAGUCCUCUAAAAUCUACCAUUAGUAUUACGUUCCGAUCUCCAAGUAAAUCUAAGAAUUUUGAAGAUACUCCAACAAAUGAUAGGGAUUCGGUCUACGAAGAUAUUGAUUUAGAAAAGAAUUUGUCGAUAGUUGAAGAUGCUAGUGUACCUCAGACUGAUGCAAGUUUGCCUACUCAACAGGCUUGCCAACCUGAUGAUCUUGAGGACUUAAUCAUACUUGAAACUCCAACAGAAACUAACCUUAAUGAUGAUUUAGAUGUCUAUAGCCAAGUUAAAUUCUUCAAAAAGAGUAUCGACGAAGUAAAUGCGAUGUUACUACCAGAAGAUAGGCAUUAUGAAAAUAUUGCCUUCGAAACACAAAAUGAGUACGAAAAUAUUAACGUUGGUACUCUCAAAAUUUGUGACAAAGAUCUUAUAAAUGUUGAUAACACAAAAGAAAAUGUUGAAAACGGUGAAAAUGGCAAUUUCAAAACUAUGAAUGUCAGAGAAUUGGCCAUCCGUUUCGAAAGUCCUACGGAGCAAAAAGCGGCGUUCACCUUCGAUAAAUUUAAAGCUGAAAUUAAAUAUCCAAGUUUGGAACGAAAAGACGAGAAACGGAUAUUGGAAGUCAAAAAAAUCGACUUCAAAACUCCCACAGCUUCGCCUAAGGCUUACAAAUUAUCCAAAAAUUCUUGUAAUGCCAGAUCUUUAGACGAGAACGCAUUUAUAAAAGAAUUUGGUAACGACGAAUCAAACGAUAGAAGAAAAAGCCUAGAAGUUAAAACGUCAAACAAGAAACUACCAGAUUUGAAUUUAAAUACGGAACACGAGCAUAAAGUAAUAAUAACUCCGACCACAGAGAACAAAAUCUCUUUGAUACAAAGGUUCGAUAGGCCGGAUAUAAAAAACCUAAUCUCUUUAGACUGUGACAAGAAAUUAAGCAGAGAAAGAAUAGAGAAAUAUAAAGAAGAACGGAGAAAUUUUCUCAGAGAGAAAUACAGUUCGCAAUCUUUUCGAUCGAGUCCUGAACAGUUGACGCGAAUAAAGAUACGGAAAGAUAAAGAUGAUAAAAUAGAGAAUUGUGAAAGGUUGAAAGAUGAAUUGCCUAAGUUUGAGAGGCGGAAUACGGUGGACUUAGGGCAGAGGCUGAGAUUCAGUCUGGCUAAGAGUAGCAACAACCUGGAGUCGAUCCCGUCACCAUCUAGUCCUGAUAAAGAGUUUCGGUGUGAGGGCAAUCAAGAGAGCAGCCAGUUUGAUAGAAAGGAGAAAGUUUCCCCCACAUAUAAUAUAAGAGAUAUGACGGCGAUUUUCGAGCAGAAAUCUCAACAUAACGGUUGACAUUGACAGAAUUACUCAUAAAUGUACCAUAGACUGUGGUGAGACUGGCGGCGGUUGUCUCUGGUCACGGUAAGUCGGCCAUCUUGAAAAAAAUAUUGUAAAAAAGUCUUUUUUUGGCUAGUAUUUGUGAAUGUUACAAAAAUUUAUUUAUAGGAAAAUUGGUUCGUGGAUUUUUUUCGGCUUUGUAAAAUGUCAGGAUCAUAAAUAUUAAAUGAGGUAUUUUUUAGUAAAAAAUGGGGUCAGAAAUUAAAAUUAAGCAUGAACUUUGAAAAAUCGUGUUACAAGAGUUGAAGUCAUAAAAGUAUAUUGUAUAAAAAAUAUACUUAUUGCUUUGAGAGUCAAAAUGAGUAAUGAAAUAAAAUAAAAACAAUUUCAGUUUCAAAAAAAAAAUUUUUGAAUCUGACCCCUUUUAAGGCAACCGAGUGUAAAUUGUGAAAUUGUUUGUAAGCUUGCUUUUUUGGUGAGAUUUGUUACUUAUGCAUAAGUUGUGAAGUUUUUAAAAAAUUGUGUAGCAAUAAAUCUAUAUGCGUUUUAUACAAAUUACUUAAAAACGAUCAAAUGUGACAUUAUCACAAAAGUUUACAAAUAAUUGAAAAAUAUAUUAAAAAGUUUUUUUUUUUUUCAUAAGAAACCCCGCAGUCUCACUACAUUUAGCCAUUAAAUUGUUAUCUUGUAUAUUAAACAAACAAACUCAUUUUUAUUGUGAAAUGUAUUAUAAAUAAGUUGUAUUAUCAAUAUAUUGUUGUAUACUUUAUACAUAAUCUGAGAUAUUAUUUGCAGAAUGAAUUAAAAAGGAAAACAUACACAAAUCUAAACAUGGUAAAUAUAAUAAAUAAAUUGCUUAAUGAAAGGCAUAGAAAAAAACAUUAAUAUGUGAACAAAAUCGUUCUCAUCAUUUUUUUUUAAUAAAUUAUUCCCUUAAAAAAUCUGUAACACCUGUUUUUAUCUGUUUUAAUUUUUUCUUGUAUAGUCCAAUCUGCGAUUUGUAUCUUUUUGUGUAUAAAGUAUACAAUCCAAUAUAUUUUAGUUAUUAUAUAAUAAGUCACUUGUUUCGUUAUAUUAUUAUUAUUUAUUGACAAUUUAUUUUUACUUAUUAUUAUUAAUUUCUUGUUUAAUCAUCACAAUUUUGGCCAAGUUUUGAAGCGAUAUAUAAAAGAAAAAUUCAGUUUUCAAAUAUUUCCAUUACUGAAAAGAGAUGAUGAUGAUGAUUUCCUCCUAGCCGAUUAUUCGGCCACGGCAGCUGUUCUCAUAUAAGGAGAUCAGCCAGCUGCGCAGGACAUAAUAUAGUGCACGCACACUCGCUGGGACUGCGGUGCACUCACUAUUCCUUCACUCUCAUAGCGCGAUGCGACGACAAGCCGACACCAGCGGAGACAGAUCACAAGCACGACCGACAUUAACGUGCUCUCUUAUGAACGUAUAAAUCUAUAACUCUUUCUCCUUUAACCAAUUAAAGUUUUUUUGUCUAUUUCGCUUCAAAACUGAAUCAAAACAAGUAUUAUUAUUAUAUUAUGAAAUAAACAAAUUAAUUCUCAUACGUUAAGUUGUUGACAAGGAAUCUCUAUAUAUUUCUCAAUGUUUUUUCGAAAAAACAAUGGACUCGAUUUUGGCGCCUUUUUCUAUAUAAAUAAGAAAAUGUCCCGAAAAUUGCAUUUUAUGCGUAGUAAAAUAUGACUUAAGUGUAUGACAAUAAGGUUGAUUUUUCAAUGGUAACUUUUCUUAGUACAAUAACUUUAAAACGGUUGAGUCGAUUUUAAUGGAAUAUGUCCAAGAACCUGAUUAGACACCUUCUUUCAUCUAAAAUCGCGUCCAAAUCGGUUCAUCCAUUUCAGAGCUACUGUACCACUUUACACUUAUCGGUCAAACUUAUAACACCCCUCUUUUUUGCGCCGGGGGUUAAAAACAAAACUCAACUACCGUAUAUUGAAAUUUCAACUUUAUUGCCAUACAAUUAAGUUAUAUUUUCAGUUGUCUUCUGAAAAUACCUCGUCACUGAUGGUCGGCCCUUACAGAUUUUUUGUUCUAAUAUGAUACUUGAGAGUAUUUGAGAAUCUACGUGGAAAAGGUGCCUAUUAAUUUUGACUAGAACGCAUAUUGUAGCGGGUUUCAAUUUUGAAAACUUCUGAGAUGAUAAAUGUUUAAAAUAAUACCUAUAGUUGAUUAAAUUAAAUCCACUAUUAUGUCGUAAUCAUGUUUUCCAAAUAAAAGUAUUCUGAGUUGAAAUCUGUUGCAGUAUUGCCACUAAAAAGAAAUAUUGUGUUGCCAUAUUGAAAAAAAUAUAGGUAAAUGAUAAUAAUAAAAAUGCAUUUAUUACUAUAUUUUUGUAAGCUGUAUUUAUUCAAUAGAAUAGAGGCUCUACAUUAAAUACUUGAAUCUUAUAGAAAUAUAAAAAAGACUAGAAAAAUAUAUUAAAAAUAACUGCUAUUCGGAAUCUCGGGAACAAUGCUGAAGGUUCUAACAUUUGUCAGAAUUUCUGACGCUUUCUGAAAAUGUCAGACGGUAGACGGAUUGUUUUUGUAAUAAAAGCUAAAUGUUUAGUCAAUUUAUAUUUAAAUAAUGUUCAAUAUUAUGACAUAGCUUUCUUUGUAUAUAAAAAUAAGCACCUCUUUUUGUAAAGUCGGGGAAUUGAGUCGGAAACAUAUAGGUAGCUAGAAUAUACUAUACACAUAAUUCUUUUUUGAAUUAUACGCAGAUGCGUCUGCGGGAUACUACUACUGUUACAGCCUUUGUAUCGUCCCACUGCUGGGCUGCGGCCUCCUCUCACACGGAGAAGGAUUGAGCAUUAAUCACCACGAUUGCUCAAUGCGGGUUGGUCAUUUCAGAAUUUAUAGUUCAGGUUUUCUUAAGAUGUUUUUCCUUCAUCUUUUUUAUCAGCCAUUGGUGUCCAAGAUACAUACUUGCUUACUUUUUUCAUCUUUUUGUGAAUGAUGAAAUAGUUCCUACUCGGAAUUGAAACUUAAUAUGUUUUCGACUGAAUUCUAAUAUACGGACAAUAAUACAAGUCUAUCUAUACAUCAAAAGCUUCGUUCGAAAAUGUACCUAUAUUGAAUAAUCUUUCAAAAUCAUCGGUAUUUUAUAAUUUUACGGCCGUUUCUAUCUGUCGAUUUGCUUACUAUCAUCUGCCUAGCCUUUUCCCAACUAUUUUAGGUCGGAUCUCCUCAACCCAGUUACCCGGGCAACCCAAUACCUAGUAAGACUGGUUGUCAGACUUACUGGCUGCUGACUACCCGUAACGACUGCCAAAGAUGUUCAAAUGACAGCCAAAUAGAGAUAGAAUUUUGAUAUUAUGAGUAAUUUCAAAUUCUUAUCUUUAGUAAGCAACAACAGAUUGAUUAAAUAUUGGGAAUGGCCGCUAAACGAUUUUAAUGAACUUCAAAAUUGUUUAACUUUUAUGGUAAUAAAAAUUGCAUUGAAUAAAAAAAUACAAAAAAUAAUAGCUUGAACAGAAAUUAUGUAAGUUCUUAAUGACAAUGUAAAAUUGAAUUAUGGAUUUGGUAUAUAACUUGUUUUAAAUCAUCUAUUAAGUAUAUUUUCUUUGAGAAAGUAUUUAAUUUACUACCAAUCCAUCCGUUACUUUUCGAUUAAAUAUUGCAAUUUGACAUAAUAUAUGAGAAGGUAAUGCCCAAAUCAAUAUUCAAUCGCGACACACUGGAUGGAUCAGUUAUUGAAAUCAGUAAGACUAGUGGCAUGGUUCAUCAUGAAUUUUCUGAUUAUCAACAUCAUAAUCUGACUAAAGCAACCAAUAUGAUUUUGUUAUUUAAAUAUCUCGUAUCAGACAACUCAGUAGUUUCCCUGUGCGGAAAAAAUUAUUGGUUGUUUGAAAAUCAUCUUAUAUUUGGUAGAUUAUGGCAUAUAAAUUAAGUUGUGCCCAAAUGGUACUUGGUAUUGGUGGAACUGGCCAUUUAAUAUUGUUAAUUUGGUACGAAAGAUGUUAUGUUUAUUAUUAUUUGAAAUAAUAACAGAAAUAAAGUGCACAUUAAUAUUCUAUAACCGACUGUGUCAUUGCCAAAUCGUGUUUCUCUUUCAAAAUGUAUUGUAAGCGACGCGAGCUAAGUCUCCAUGUUUAAACUAAGCGUAUAUGAAUAAAUAUUAAUUAUUAUGUAAAAAAAAUGUAACAAAAAACUUGUAUUUUUUGUUGAGGAAACACUGAGUUUGGUAGAUUUUUUUCGUUCAUAUGGCAACACCUUUGUGUUAUGGUAGAAUUAGAAUGAGUGACUAAUUUUAUAUUUAAGUCAGUAUUUUAAGUAAAUUAACAUAACAUACGAAAUCUAUCAUUGAUUUUUGUGAUCAAUUUCUUCAGAAAUCUACCAAAUUGAGUGUUUUUUCAAUGGAUAAGUUAAAAAGGUGAGCUUUAAGCGUUUUCACUUAUGAGGAUGUCGCGAGGGCGUCUUGUACUGUCGUGUAAUAUAUGAAUAUCCUUUAUGUCGGCUUGUAGAUUGUAGGUUAUGACGAAUAAAAAGUAUUGCAGAA